GUGCGAGCGGGCAGCGCCGGCUCGCCCCGUCCCUCGGCCGCCCGCCCGCCACCUGGAUCACGAGGGACGCGGCGCCCGAGCAUCCUCCCCACCCCCGGCGCCCUCCGGCCCGCUCCCGCCGCUCGCUCCCGCACCUCCGCCCCGCGCCGCGGCCGGGGGCUGCUGCUCGCCCGGAGAAACUUUGCACCCCCGGGUCGUGGCGGGGACCGUGGGUGUCAAAGCCAUGAUUCCUCCGGGGGAAUGCCUGUAUGCUGGGAGGAAAAGGAGGAAACCCAUUCAAAAACAAAGGCCUGCAGUUGGGAAUGAAAAAUCAAAUCCUUCGAAGAGACACAGAGACCGUCUGAAUGCGGAACUGGACCACCUGGCCAGCCUUCUUCCUUUUCCCCCUGACAUCGUAUCAAAGCUGGACAAACUUUCCGUCCUGCGCCUCAGUGUCAGCUAUCUGCGAGUCAAGAGUUUCUUUCAAGCCAUUCAAGAAAAGCACUUUAAGAAGCAAGUUGGCCAAACGAUAAAAGAAGACAAUAUCUCUAACAAGACUGCUGUACAAGAAGGUGGACUUCUACUAGAAUCACUGAAUGGUUUUGCCUUGGUGGUGAGUGCAGAUGGAAUGAUAUUCUAUGCAUCAUCAACAAUUGUGGACUAUCUAGGGUUUCAUCAGACUGAUGUAAUGCACCAAAACAUCUACGAUUACAUCCACGUGGAUGACCGCCAGGAUUUCUGCAGACAACUGCACUGGGCCAUGAAUCCUCCCCAGAUGUUGUCGGGACAGCAACUACAGUCAGAAACAGGGGAAGAAUAUAUUCUCAGUAAAUUGUUCAAAGCACAAGAGAAUGACAGCAUGACAACAGAUUAUUCUUCCUUUUUAACUCGCUGUUUCAUCUGUCGAGUUCGCUGCUUGUUGGACAGUACUUCUGGAUUCCUUACAAUGCAGUUCCAAGGUAAACUAAAGUUCCUCUUUGGACAAAGGAAGAAGUCCUCAUCAGGAACAGUAUUGCCACCUCAGCUGUCCUUAUUCUGCAUAGUGGUACCACUUCUGCUCCCUUCUGUGACAGAGAUGAAGAUGAAAAGCCUGCUUGUGAGAGCAAAACACAAAGCUGAUGAUGCAGCAGCAGCGAACACAAACUCCAGUUCAAAAGGCAGUUCAGGACUUUGUGAAGCAACAGAAUUAUAUGGAAGAAACAAUCACCAUGAAGGUGCUGCCUUCACUAAUGCAUUACAGAUUGCUGAAAACCAAAUCAAAGCAAAGAAUAAUGGAGAAAAUGGCAUUUCUCUAGUCAAAGUACAAACAAAUGAAGAUCACUGGGUCUGGGUUCAAGCUAACACUCAACUUCUGUAUCGAAGUGGUUGUUCAGAAUAUGUUCUUGCCCAACAGCAAAUGUUAAAGGAAGAAGAUGAACAACUGAAGAUACUAAGUGGUUUUGCCAGUUUGAAAGGAAACUUGGAGGGGCUUUCCUAUAACAGUGCCAUUGAAACUCUGGGCCAGUGGAAGCAUCUUAACUGGGCAGCAGUGAAGAAUGAACAAGAUAAUGUAAAAGUGAAGUUUGAGCCUCAUACUAACGGUGAGUGUUUUAUGCAAGAAGAACCUCUCAGUUCUAACACAUCAGUUUUAGGCAUUCAAAACAACUGCACCACAAACAGUAGCUGGACUUUAAGAAACUCCAGUUCUUGUUCUAUGAACCAGAGAAUGAACACCUGUCCAAACAGGAGAACUGGAUCAUUCUACAACAGAGACCAAAAUUUCUUAAAUCUGGCAUCAACUUGUCCUUCCCACUGGGGGAAUGCAGAAAAUGGCCAGUCCUACUCGGGGCUCCCACAGCGCUGUGCAGAGAGCUAUGCCACAGACCAUGGGAAACUACAGAGACCAUUCACAUCCUCAGAGUCUCUCUAUGAAACAGCCACUCCCUUGGAGAUGCCUAUCAAAACGGAAUACGACUCUGACUCUGAAAACAUUGCUGAUAACUACCUGCAGAGCCGAGCCUGGCUGGAUGAGAGCGGCUCGCUGAGGAAGCAGGGGCCCAGCUAUCCCAGCAGAGUGCACCUCAAAACAGAGCCAGACCUCUGCCAGCCAGCCUUGCCUUGUCAGAAGCCAAGGCACUGCCUUUACACACCCCAUAACUGGCAAUGCAUCGUAGCAAAUCAUCCCAACAACCUGAACUUGAACAGAGCUGGCAAGGGCUCACGGAACAAGGAGGUGCCCCCCUUUUGCCCUCAGAACUCCUCUGUGUGUUUGGAAAGCAUGCCCGACCUGGCACACACAGCUUGCUAUGGCCACUUCUACAGUCCCAGCCCAGGGGAGGAGAAAGAGCAGAUUAAUGAGGUGUUCAAAAUGCCAUGUGAAUUUAAAAACCCCUGCUUGGUUCAAGCGAUCAAGCGUGAGCCCCUGGAUUCUCCACCGUUGUCCAGCAGUGGACAGAACAGAGUACACGCAAGCUUCCCUGAAAAUACCUUAGCAGGUCCUGUGCCUCAUAAAACCACUGAAUGUACAUUUUUGCAAUAGAUUUUAUAACAUUUGAAAUAUUUAUAAUGUUAAAAGCAAGAAGUUGUAGAUUCUCUUCCAGUUGAGUUAAAUGACUUACUAAAAUCAAAAGCCAGUGGAAAGAUUUUGAGAGUGUGUGUGUGUGCAUCUGUGUGUGAAAAGAAACAGACACAGGUACACACAGCCUACCCCCUGCUACUGUCCUUCUUUUAGUGAUCUUUGGAAAGAGAAAAGAAAGCUAAAACCUCAGGCACAGAAAAAUAAUCAUUACUUGCUGCACAGGUAUACCUGAUCAUUUUUCCUUAUCACCUUUCUUCUCUUGUCUACAGUUCAUUAGCAAAGUCUACUAUUUCUGUUUCCUUUGUUCUGUUCGUUUUUCUCAAGCUGAUGUGAUGCCUCUGUGCAAAUCAAAAAUAUUUAUGGUUUUCAGUGUGGUCAGUUUACCAUAAGAGUUUUUGAUUUAUAAUUAUUUUUCUACUCUUAUAAGAAGGAUCAGCUAUUCCUUCAUCCCAGCAUUAAAUUAAUGGCAAAAGGAAAGGGCUUCCCAACACAACUUCUUAAUUUAAAAGGACCUCGUAAGUAAAAACAACAACUUGCAUAAGUGAAUUAGAGUUUUUUUUACUUCAAAGUAAAGUUACUCCUAAGUUUCUUGAUAGUAUUAUUCUUUUAGAAUCCAUAUUUUUCCAUUUCAUUGCCAUCAGCCUUUCGUGUUGCUGCUGAAAGACUGAACAAUGGGAUGUAGUCUACUUCUACCUGUGAGUUACAAAAUGCUGUUAAGUAUAUGUGAGAACAAAGUAUUUCUCUGAUUAUUUUCCUUGCUGUUACUAGUAACAUCAACAAAGGAAAUGCACUUUUUUACUUGAUAGUAUUUUUUGACUGAUAGCAGCUUGUUAGAUAUCGUCACCCUACAUCAAAACCAAAUCCCACACUAAGAUUAUUUUCAAAAACAUCCUAGUUUCAAUCCCAAAAGAAACCCUUAAUCUCACUGAGCGGUAGAUGUAUACCUUUCAAAAGCAUUUCAGUGCACUUUAGUGCUUUUGAAAACACAGUGUAUACUUUUCUUUGAACCCAGACAGUAAUGCGUUUCCACAACAGCAAAAAAAAUUAAGUUAUAUUUUGGGUUUUGUUAUUGUUGUAGUUUGACUCCUGCACUAAUUUUUGUUUUAAAAUUGCACUAUUUCAACUUUAUAUCAACUUCACCUAUAUAACAACAACAUCAUUAAAAAAAAAAGCUUAGAUGUAUGUAUAUAUGCUUUUUGAAAGAAGCCCUGUAAUGAAUGUCUUCUUUUUCAAAAUGUUAUAAAUAAUUAUGUCUUCCUUUAUCUGUCAGUCACAAAGGGCAUGACUUUACAUGCCAGAUGAGUGGUGCAAAAUUCUCCCAAAUGCUUUAAAUAUGUGGGAAAAGUGAAGUUUUCAGGUAGUGCAAUGGUUCUGCACCUGGGAGGCUGCUCUUCUCCAAGAAGAUUGACCAUUUCUUCUGAUAGAAUUUGCUGCCUGUACAUUAGAGUUGGCAGGUGUAAAGAUAUUAAUUCUCUACAUGUUAGUGCUUAUGAACUGUGUUAUGAAACGCGGCGCACUGGACAGUAAAGAGGGGCAACAAUAUCUUACUGUAUCUUGGGUUAAAUCUGUCAUAGUCCAGCUGACCAUAUCCAAGCCAUGAGAAUGUUUCCUUUUUUGCGUCCGAGGUACAUCAGCUCCCUGUUGGCCAUGUGCUGCCUAUUGUUUGAGACAGUCUUGAUAUCCUUGCUCUAAUACUCCUGCCAGUGGUUGCAAUGCAAUAUCAGACCCUGUUCUGAAGUGAGACCACAGUGGUGGAAUUCACACUGCUCUCCAGUACACCACUGUCCACUUCACAUAAACACAAGACAAACUGCAAAAAUACUUGUGGGCAAGCAAACUUGUUCCUCAUGCAGAGUGAGACUACCAUCAAUCAGUGUUGCUGCACAACCUCUACCUCACUGAUUCACUACCUACAUGAUUACGAGCAGCAGUUCUUUAGACUCUCACAGAGCUGCUGUCAUGGUCCUUUGCUUGGCAUGCAGCAGUGGCACUGGAGAACUGUGCUGGUGCCAGACACUACUUUGUGCCUCAGAGCUGCCUGUAGGGUUGUGCUAUGAGCCCUGCAAUUUCUCCAGUCCAGCUCCCCGUGCAGCUGCCUAGCAGAAACCAGGUGCUGGGGAGACAGGGUAGUGUGGGAACUGAUGGCUGGGGGCAGGUGGAGGACGCACCUGCAUGACCUCUGACAAGAUGCUUGUUUAAUUCCACACUUGGAAUCACUGUCACACCCCUCUGAAUGAGAGUACCUGGGGUUUCACACUGCCUUGCACUUUCUCCCAUCAUUUGCAUUGAUGAAGUGUGACUCUAAAACCCAUUGUCUUCAUCUGGACAUGCUGAUGCCAUUUUGCACAAUGGGAGUGGUUACACCAGGUGCAGCUCUGUAGAGGACUGUGCCACCAAAAGCCUUGUCUGUGCUUAGAAAUACUACCUGCUGUGACUACAGUGGGAGAACUGUACUAGCCAGGUCUCUUGAGUGCAGAAGCAAUCCAUACUAACAACAGAAACUCUUUAAAGUUCUCCCUGUUACAAAAUUCAUUAUUUUUUUGUUGACAUAAGUCUAUCUGCUCUCAGGCUUUCUGGCACAUAUCAGUUAGAAUUAUUUUUCUCAUGUUUCCAACAAACCCAGACACAUUUGACACAUCUUGAUCAAUAUUAUAGAGGUAGGUGAAGCUUCUGCAUGUAAGGGAAUGCAAUCUGACACGUGAGAUGUAAUGGGUUUCUAGGUGGAUGGAUGAAUGUGCGACUCAAAAGUGAGAUGUCACCUUCUGACUCCCUGCUGUGUAAAUGCAGUCAUGUUUGUUUCCUUAUUAUUCCAUAAAGUCUGAAGCCAAGAAAAACACACUUAUCCUGCACAUCACAUUUGAUUUUGGCCCAUUUAAUUUGUGGCUGAGUUCUUACUUCAGGUCUCACAUGAAAAAAUGUGGUAUCAGUAGAAUUCCUUCUAGUCUAAAUUAUCACACACGCAGUACAGCAAUCUCCCAAGAACUGGGUUUAUGAAGAGAUCAGCAGUUUAUCCUCUUUUUUGGACAAUUGCUAAACUUUGUUGGUAGUAAACAAAGACCAAUUCCUUUUAAGUACUUGGAAAGAACAGAGGAAAUAAAUGCUUAAAAUAAUCUCUUGCCAUUUGUGUUUAAGGCAUAGAUCUGCCUUCAAACUCUCCCCAUGAUAUGUGCCCCAAAUUGAGUUGGUACUGAAACCUGACAUUGCAUUGUACCCUGUUAAAUUACCACUGAUUUAAUCUUAUAAACCCUUUUUGCAUGCAGACAUUAAUGACCCCCUGGCACUGACUAGUAAAUAGGAUGAAAGACAGAGCAGUUCUUUAAGAUGGUUACAUUUUCUUAGUGGUUGUUGCUGCUUCGGUAUUACUCUAAAAACUAGCACUGAGAAAUGGGGUUUAAGAUCUUUUCAGUCACUGGUGUUUAGCUUUUAGCCUUAAUGAACUGGUAUUUGUACCCCUUCAGCACAGCCCUAAAGUCUAUUUUAGGAGCCUUCCAAUGCAUUUAUUGUAGCAACAAUAAAAAAUUAUUCUUGUAGAAGAAAUGCCUAGUCAAAUGGUUUCCUAAUAGGAACUUGGAGCAUUCAGGCUGAAAGAAAUGCCUGACUGAUAAUAGCAUUCAAACUUCUUCAGCCAUAAACCCUCCAGAGGUUGAGACAGAAUGGAUUCAUGAAUUCCCUGAUCUUUGGGGAGGGUAUAUUUUGGUAUGGAAGGUGAGCAGUUCUAAAAGCUGUGAGAAGGUGUCUCCCCCUGGGAUGUUACCUGGUCCACAUAGAGCAGAGACUAUUAUCAGCGCUAAAGCUGCUGAUGGAGGUCUUGACUUUACUGAGAAUGUGACCUGAUUUCAGCUGCCAGUGCACAGCUGUUGAGCACCCUACAAAUGCUAGUCCAACACCAUUGAAAGCUACUACUUCUACUGAGAAACAACAUGAUUUGAGCCAGGGGUAAGCUUGAACAGCAAAAAGAGUGGAUUUUCUUGCGCUUACAUAUAGUGACUGAAACUGGGGCAGACCUCCACUGAAGGUAACAUUAUAAAUAAUUUACAUUGAUGUUAAAGUCUUUGGAUAUCAAAGUAAAGCUUAGCUUCAAAAGUUCUGAGUGAGGGCAGCACUGUGUGAGUGGUAAGCUUGUUUCAAUUAUCCCGGGUUCGGGGUUUUAACAAGGGAAGUGAAAGAUUAAGGGACUGUACCUAAAUUCACCGUAGGAAAGACUAACUUCCUACUCUUUGAUUGUAACAUAUUAAUGCAAAGUUUAAGUCUGUGGUUUUCCCACCCUUUAUUGGAACAGUCAUGUGUUCUGAAAGUUCUUACAUCUGAGUCUGCUCUGGAAGGUAUAGGAUAGUCUGACAUUUGAGCAUCAGUCAGUUCAGUAAGACUUUGAGUGCUGAUCCUUUGAUAUGAUAUUGAGAUAGGCAUGUGCAAUUCUUCUGGAAAUCCCUAGGGCUUAACAGUACUUAAGAGGCAACAAGCCUGAAGGAUAAGAUCAGCUUCUGCUGCCUAUAAGCUCUUCUUAACUCUUUCUGUUGAAGCCAUUCUGGAACUUAAAUAGGACAGCCUCACCCACCAUAGUUAUUUCAGGAAACCCAUUAUUUUGUCAUAACAAGGUGUUAGGUUUUAAUUAAAAUAGUUAAAAGCCAUCAUUUCCCCUACGUAUGAAUAGAUAUAUUGCCUUAGGUAGGGGUAAAAAAAUUAAAACACUUAUUUUCUUUCAUUUCAGUGCCACCUAAGCAAGAAAACCAGCCUCAGAAUGACAGGGUUGUAGACAGAUUCUAUUUUUUCUUGUCUUCUCUGUCUGCUCUUUUUCUCUGUUUCUCUCUACUCUCUUAGGGUGUAAGCAUUCAAAAUGGAGAUACUUUUCUUAUCAUACUGAGACAAAAAUCCUAAACCUAAACUAGACUGUAGAAAUUUCUCACUAGAACAGGAGUUUCUUUCCUUGGAGUUUCUUCUUUUAAAUCUAGCCAAGCCCUGUGAGAAAUUGUGCAUCACAACUGAAAGAGGUCCUGUAACAUGUAGAGAGCAAGAGAUUGCGCAGGUGACCACGCUCAGGAUGUAGUCACAAGGCUUUCAUCCACCUGAAGGAGACUCAUACACAGGGGCUGCACCCAGUAGCUUAUGUUCAUAGGUACUACCACCCUGACAAACAGAUCUUUGUCACGUUUCAGGGACAUCUGGCGUGUUCAUGUCAUUAUGUUCUUGUCAUUACAUUUCCCUAUUGUGCUAUCAGAAAUGCAUCUGAACAAAGUCAUCAGCGACAGGCUGAAAUAUAUUCUAAACACACAAAGUCCUUUAAAAAAAAAAACAAACAACCCAAAAGUCUGGAGAUCCAAGCACUUGCUUGUGCUUAGGCAAAGAUAUUCUUUGAGUGGUAGUCUGGAAGGAAGUAAAAAAGACAAAUUUUGGGAAAAGAUAUAUUGCCAUCAAGGUGUAAUUAUUAUGUGACUACAGCAUUAAUUCUUCACCCACAGAAAAAUUCUGUGGUCUGACAUCACAUCCUCUUUUUUCUUCUGUAGAACUGAUUCUGUAACUUUGCAGGCUAAAAAUAAUUUAUUGAAAACAAGGAUUGAGUAAUUUCAAUGCUAAGAUGCAUUUCUCAACCAGACUGAAAACAUCAUUCUAGGAGGCAUGAAGCGCUCCUGUUCCUUUCCUGGGGCUAGUUUUCCAAGCUGUGGCAAACUUAGUGUGAGCAUUAACUCUCUUGCUGCUGGUAAUUGUGCAGCUGAUGCUCUUACUAAGUUUUUAAAGAUUUCUUGAUGCAACAGAGCUCAAGGGACAGCUCCAGGUUCAUAUUUGUACUGAUAGAAUUAUGGUAAACAAAGAUGAGGUAGAAGGCAAUAGAAAGAACAUCAGCUUGGCUAAUCUUAUUAAUUGUAUUUCAGCAAUUAAAAGGCAUUUUAAAAAAAAUCUGGUGAAGUUCUGGUCUAAAGCUCCUCCUCAUUUUGCACCACAGGAGGGUGUGAGCUCUCCCUUCUGAACCUCUUUUUUGUCUUUCCUUUUUAUUUUUUUUUUUCUUUUUUUAGGGUUUUGCACCAUAUGUAUCCUCCCUGUGAUGAUUUAAAAUGUGAAAUAAGGAGAGGCAAGCAUAAACUGUUGUAGGUUUUUUCAAAUUCUUUUGUCUUUCUAGAAAGAACUUCAAAAAGGCAAAAGUUAUCUCAGUUCUCAAUGACAGUAUUCAGUUUUGUUUCUACUCUCUCUAUAGCUAAGAUUCCUCCUCUGCACGGUCAACAAACUUCCCUCCUCUGAAAGGGUUCUUCUUCACACCCUCUAAUCCCUGAAUUCCUUCUUAACAAAACCAAAGAACACUUUGUUCCUUAAAGGCAAUUGCCUUUUCCUCCUCUACCUUUUCCACCUUUUUGAUUGCAUUGGAUGGUACAUUUUGGUCUCCGUCCUUUCUGUUUUCUGUAGCUUUAUUUCCACUUUAGGCAUACUUCAAAAGUUUUGCCAAAAUAACAGUGUUAGGCAGAAGUGCAAUCCCUCAUUUCUCCCCACUCUUUAAUAAGAUGGAGGUACUCACUAAUAACAGUUGUAUCCCCAAAACCAGAAAAAAGGUCACUCUGCUGGUGAAACAUCCUCUCUUCAGGAGUCUGUACUGCCAAGCAACCCCCAGCUACCACCAACAGUUUAGUGCUGCAAAGUACGUAUGCAAUGCCAAAUCCUUUUUUCUUUAGAUAUGGUCUCUCUUUCAAAAAAUCAAGGAACUAAUUUUCUCCUUUUUAGCUUCUUUCAUUUUUUUCUACAUGGGUUUAUUCUUUCACUGUGCAACUGCACUUUUAAUUUGCAAUUUUAAUUUUUUUUAAAUUAAGAAGGGUAUGGAAGCAUUAUAUAACAUGUACAGUGCAGUGUUUUCAAUUUGUCCAUUUUAGACUUUGAGAUUAGAACCACAAAUAAUAAUCAAGCAUUUCAAUGUGACUCCUUGUAAAAGACUGUAAGAGAAAUGUCCAGGUGCCAAUAACAUCAUCACCAAAGGGGUAUAAUCUGCCAUUACACUCCACUUACAGUCCAGUAUUAAAAGUGCCAUUACUGCUUCUCCUGAAGAAACACAGUAGAGAACAAGACUAAUUCUUAGCAAUCUGGUCUAGUGGAAGGUGUCCCUGCCCAUGGCAGGGGGAUUGGAACUGGAUAAUCUUUAAGAUCCCUUCCAACCCAAACCAUUCUACAAUUCUGUGAUUAACAAACAGUUGCAUGGAGUUCUACAAACAGUUUUGGCCUAUCUGAUGCUCCAUGAUUCCCCAAAACUUUUUUGGGGAGGGCAUAUACCUGGAGAGAACACUGCAACCACCCCAGCACUAUUUGGAAAUGUACUGCAUGAUGCAGGUAAUGCCUGCACAGGGGCAUGUGGCUGAGGCAGGAACGCUGCCCAUCUGGGGAGAUGAAGCAGCAGACAGGUACAGCUCCAGCCCUGGGGAAGCCAACCCAGGGAAUCCUGUGGGAUCACCUCCGGUAAUGUGUGACCCAAGCAGCACCACUGACUGUCCUGCUUUGUGCAUAGGAGUGUCAUAGAUGGCAUGGUAUAUCGCUAAUAUACCUGUAAAAGGCCUUGUGGCUGAUCCAAACCAGGCAGUGACCUGUGGGUUUGACCUUCUGGCAUGUUGUUUGAACCUGGUGCACUUUUCUGUUGUGUUUUGUACUGUCUCCUCAGCCUGCUUUUAGAAGGAACUUCUAA